CCCCUACGCCGUACCGUACCCUGGUUCCGGUUCUGUUCUGCUUCCUCCGCUGCCAUGGCGGCUGCCCCACCGCUCUCCAAGGCUGAGUAUCUGAAGCGUUACUUGUCUGGGCCCGAGGCAGCCGUCGAUGCGGGGUCCGAGGCUAGUCGUAAGCGCCGCAGGAAGCGGCCGAAGCCGACUGGUGCCGGAGGGAAAGGGAUGAGGAUUGUGGACGAUGAUGUGAGCUGGGCAAAUAUUUCUACUAAAUCAGAAAAAGAAGAAGAGGAAGAUGAGGGAGAUUUACCUGUGGUGGCUGAAUUCGUUGAUGAACGCCCAGAAGAAGUGAAGCAAAUGGAGGCAUUCCGGGCCAGUAACAAGUGGAAGCUCUUAGGAGAACAAAAGCAAGACCUAUCCCCACCCAGGAGGGCUCGUCACAACUCUUCAGACUCCUCACCUCCCAGGAGGACUCGUCACGACUCCCUGGAUUCCUUGCCUGCAGAGAGGGCCCUUCAUGACUCCCCAGACCCCUCACCUCUCAGAAAGGCCCGUCACAACUCCCCAGAUUCCUCACCUCCCAGGAGGGUCCGUCAUGACUCCCUAGACUCUACAUCACCUAGGAGGACCCGUCACGACUCCCCAGACUCCACACCACCCAGGAGGACCCGUCACGACUCCCCAGACUCCUCACCACCCAGGAGGACCCGUCACAACUCCCCAGACUCCUCACCACCCGGGAGGACCCGUCACGACUCCCUGGACUCCUCACCUCCCAGGAGGACCCGUCACGACUCCCCGGACUCCUCACCUCCCAGGAGGACCCGUCACGACUCCCCGGACUCCUCACCACCCAGGAGGACCCGUCACGACUCCCCGGACUCCUCACUACCCAGAAGGACCCGUCAUGACUCCCCGGACUCCUCACCUCCCAGGAGGACCCGUCAUGACUCCCCAGAUUUAGCUCCUGAGGUUUGUCAUUCACUGUCUAGUAAAGCCCCUGCCAAAUCCUCUCUUAGUCUGAAGGAGAAGAACAGUAGACAUGGGAAUGAAUCUUCUCACCAUAAAAAUAGAUCAUCUUCCUCUCCUGGUUCAGGGAAACAGCUGCAUGACUCCAGAGACUCUUCUCCGAGCCACGAGAAAUUUCAGACAAACCCCACAACCAAGAAACACCAGAGACCUGAUACAGAUUCUUCUCUUCCUGGGAAGAGCAACCAGCAGGCUUCUGAUUCAGACCUGUCUCCUCCACGGAACAAGCAGAAACGAGACUCUGAUUCAGACCUCUCCCCACCAAGAAGGAAGCAGAAAACCAGGGCUUCUGAUUCAGACCUCUCUCCGCCCCGAAGGGGUCAGCCUGCUGGAGCAAAGGCCACGCAGAUGUUUUCUGGGGCCAAAACUGGGUUGGUGUCUGAUGUAAGGAGAGAGCAGCAGGAGCUCAGGAGGCAGGACCAAGAAACCAAACAUUUGGAAGCUGAAUUCCAAAAUGCUGAAACCGUUUUUCGAGAUAAGUCUGGCCGCAAGAGGGACCUGAAGCUAGAACGAUUAGAGCAACGGCGAAAAGAAGAGGAGGAGUCAGAGAAAAAUGAGCAGUAUGCUCAGUGGGGAAAAGGCCUUGCCCAGAGCCGGCAGCAGCAACAAAAUGUGGAGGAUGCAAUAAAGGAAAUGCAGAAGCCAUUGGCCCGCUACAUCAAUGAUGAGGACCUGGAUCAGAUGCUCAGAGAGCAGGAGAGAGAGGGUGACCCCAUGGCCAACUUCAUUAAGAAGAGUAAGGCCAAAGAGAACAAAGACAAGAAAGAAAAGCCUCGUUACAAUGGCCCUGCGCCUCCCCUUAACAGAUUCAACAUCUGGCCUGGGUAUCGCUGGGAUGGUGUAGACAGGUCCAAUGGCUUUGAGGAGAAGCGUUUUGCCCGACUUGCCAGCAAGAAAGCUGUUGAUGAACUUGCCUAUAAAUGGAGCGUUGAGGAUAUGUAGCUCUUGUAGCUAAGCAAUGGCUGUAGGUUCUGAUGGUGGGAAAAGGACAGAUAAGACAGCCAGGCAAGGCCAAGGCUAACAGUUUACACAGACCAACCAUGGUUGCCACCAGUGACCCUGGGAGAGAGCUUAGGCUUUGACAUCUGGUUGUUGGGGGGCACCGUGACCCAGGGAAAUGUCCGUAUUCAGUCAUUCACACAGCUGCUUCUACUGUCUUUUAAGUGACACAUGCACCACUGAGGGUGAUACAAAGGCCCCAGAAUUCAUUCUUGAUUGGGCUUUUUCUUUUUUUUUUCUAACAAAUAUACAUCUAUUUUUGUAACUAU